CCUUCAUCCGGUCUCUACUCUUUCUCCUCCCUUACUUUCCCAUGAGCCCACGUGUGCUGAGUUCGGAGGUGGUCUGAAGUUUGCGCGCGCUUCGCUCGCUUGGAGUUUGUCUAUGCCCUCCGCCGGCCCGGAGCCGUGCGACUGACAUCAGGGGCUCCCUAGGGGCCGCUCCCCCACCCCCCAGCUUCUCCGUGGGAUCGGCGCGCACGGGGGGCCGCCAGGCCUCUCGCACCCCAGCCUCGCCAUGUUGGUGCUGUUUGAGACGGCGGCCGGCUACGCCAUCUUCAAGGUUCUAAAUGAGAAGAAACUCCAAGAGGUGGACAGUUUGUGGAAAGAAUUUGAAACUCCAGAGAAAGCAAAUAAAAUAGUAAAACUAAAACAUUUUGAGAAGUUCCAGGACACAACUGAAGCAUUAGCAGCCUCCACAGCUUUGGUAGAAGGUAAACUGAGUAAGAAUUUAAAGAAAGUCCUGAAGAAGAUAGCUGCAAAAGAAGCCCAUGAGCAGCUGGCUGUAGCUGAUGCCAAACUGGGGGGUGUCAUAAAGGACAAACUGAACCUCAGUUGUAUCCAUAGUCCUACUAUAACUGAACUAAUGAGAGGAAUCCGCUCGCAGAUAGAAGGAUUAAUCACCGGCCUUCCAUCUCGGGAAAUGGCCGCUAUGUGUCUAGGAUUGGCGCACAGCCUCUCUCGGUACAAGCUGAAAUUUAGUGCUGAUAAAGUGGAUACCAUGAUUGUUCAGGCAAUCUCUUUAUUAGAUGACCUGGAUAAAGAACUGAAUAACUACAUUAUGCGAUGUAGAGAAUGGUAUGGUUGGCAUUUCCCUGAAUUGGGAAAAAUCAUUACAGAUAACUUAACUUACUGCAAAUGUUUGCGGAAAGUUGGAGACAGGCAGAACUUUGCUGCUUCAGAUCUUUCUGAAAUUUUGUCAGAGGAAGUUGAAGCUGAAGUGAAAGCAGCUGCAGAGAUUUCUAUGGGAACUGAAGUUUCUGAGGAAGACAUAAACAAUAUCUUACACCUCUGUAACCAGGUGAUUGAGAUCUCAGAGUAUCGAAACCAACUGUACGAGUAUCUCCAAAACAGGAUGAUGGCUAUAGCCCCCAAUGUGACAGUCAUGGUCGGUGAGCUAGUUGGAGCUAGGCUUAUCUCUCAUGCAGGUUCCCUUUUGAAUUUGGCAAAGCAUGCAGCUUCCACUGUGCAGAUACUAGGAGCUGAGAAGGCCCUCUUUAGAGCCUUGAAGACGAGACGGGAUACCCCUAAAUAUGGCCUAAUUUAUCAUGCUUCCCUUGUGGGCCAAAGCACCCCCAAAAACAAAGGAAAAAUUUCUCGAAUGUUGGCAGCCAAGACUGCUUUGGCUAUCCGUUAUGAUGCUUUUGGAGAGGAUUCUAGUGCUGAGAUGGGAAUUGAGAACAGAGCCAAAUUAGAAGCUCGGCUGAGGCAUUUGGAAGAGAGAGGGAUAAGAAAAAUCAGUGGCACAGGAAAGGCAUUAGCAAAAACAGAAAAGUAUCUCCAUAAAAGUGAAAUAAAAACUUAUGAUCCGUCUGGUGACUCAACUCUUCCAACAUUGUCUAAGAAACGCAAGUUUCAAGAAGCAUCAGAAGAACAAGAUGAUGAACCGAAGGUUGAAGUGAAAGCAAAAAAAGCCAAGAUUGUCGAAGUUAAAGAGGAAGAAGAAGAAGUAGAAAUUGAUUCUGCAAAGAAGAAAAAGAAAAAGGAUAAAAAGGAAAAAAAGAAGAAAAUAAAAGAAGAAACUCCUUCAGAAGAAGAGCCAUCCACUAGUAUAGUCAUUGAAAGCCAGAAAAAAAGAAGAAAAAGAAAAAAAAGAAAGAAACUGUGGACGUGUGACGUGGAACAGCUUAAAGGUUUUGAUAACUUGAAUAGAUUCUCCUUCCAAUUCAGCUUGGCGCAUGCCAUAGAUGGUCUUUGAAAUAUCAGGACAAGAGGACAAAACGUAUCUUCUAUGGCUUUCAGUCUUGAACCGGACACUUAAUUUUUGACAUUUUCUCUCAUUAAAAAAAAAAAUCCCCUUCCAAUUCCUAGAGUCUUUGAUAUACAAGUAAAGAUAUUUUCUUUGUAUCAUGA